AUGGGGCAGGAUGGGGCGCUUAAAACUCAUGACAUGUUGCAGGAAACAGAGAACGGAAAAAUUGGGAUGGAUGGUUGCGGCAGGUUAAGGUCAUUUGACCUUAACCAAGAACCUGAGUGUGACCGAGACACAUUCAGUGAAAAAAGCUGUGGUUCAAUAAGAGGACACGAAGAUGAGGAGGCAGAUGAAUUGGUGGGCGCAAUAGGCGUGGAUGACGUAAUGAAAUUUGCAUUUGACACGGAAGAAGAAGCUGGGGAAUUCUAUAAUUUGUAUGCGAAACUAAGCGGAUUUGGGAUUCGUAAAAAUAAUGCCAAACGAGAUGUAGAUGGCAUUUCAAGAUUUAGAAAAUGGGUAUGUUGCUGUGAAGGUUAUAGAAAUGAAAAGUGGUUUAAUUAUGAAAACCGGAAAAGAGAAGCAAAACCAAUCACAAGGACCGGAUGUGGGGCUUGCUUUCGCGUGAAAUAUGACAUAGAAUCGGUAAAGUAUGUGGUGACACGUUUCAUUAUGGAGCACAAUCACUCGCUGGCAUCAGAGGCAAGUGUGCAACACAUUAGGUCGCAUAGAAAAGUGAGCGAUGCAGAAUAUGCACAGGCAAAAAGUCUAAAGUUGGUUGGGGCCAGAAUAUGCCAGAUAAUGAAACAUUUUGUUAUCAAAGCCGGAGGGUAUAGUAACGUAGGAUUUUGCAUUAAGGAUCUGUAUAACCGAAUGGACGAGGAACGUAGAAAAGAUAUUUUGAAUGGCGAUGCAGAAGGGGCACUUGAGUUCUUGGCAGCGAAAAAGGAUGCCGAUGACAUAUUCUUUUAUAAAUAUCAUGUAGAUAACGAAGGAAGAUUGGCAAGGUUGUUUUGGGCAGAUUCUAAAUCUCGUGUGGACUUCAGUGUAUUUGGAGAUGUAUUGGUGUUUGAUACAACAUGCAAAACAAAUAAAUACCGCAAGCCACUAGUUGUACUUGCAGGGGUAAACAACCAUUUGAACAGUACUGUUUUUGGCUGUGCACUGCUAUCAGAUGAGAGGAUUGAAACAUAUGAAUGGGUGCUAAGUACAUUUGUAGAGGCUAUGAAAGGUAGAAAGCCAGUAGCAGUGAUGACAGAUGGGGACAGUACAAAGCGAAGAGCGAUAAAGAAUCUUCUCCCGGAUGCUUGUCACAGGCUAUGUUCGUGGCACUUGCAUAGAAAUGCACGGAGUAAUAUUCGCUGCGAGGAGUUUAAUAAUAGGUUGUAUAACCUGAUAGCGAGAAAGUGUAGCACUCUUGAGUUUGAGAAUAGGUGGGCUAGGUUAGUUAAUGAAUAUGGGGUGGUAGAGAAUGAGUGGGGUGAAGAAGUUGUACUGUAG